AUGUUCCCCAAGCGUCACGCAUUUGAGUACUCGUAUCUUCAAUGUGGAUUUCCGGUCAUUCCUGGUGGUGUGAAUGCCGACGGACGCGAUGUUGCGACCGGGACAGACCAAGAGCUAGGAAGUUGGUGGUUACGUGUAAGGGCAGCUGAUUACCUCACCAGAGGCAACAGGAAACUUGGGUUCUAUGGAAAAUUACAGACCUUCAUGAGGGACCAGAACAUCGAGGAUGCCGACUGGUCAUACGCCUAUUUGGUAACCGCCCCGCGCUUUUUCGGAUACUCCUUCAAUCCUGUAUCAUUCUGGUACAUCUAUAACCGAGAACAGCAACUCAAAAAGAUGAUUCUCGAAGUCAACAACACGUUCGGAGAGCGCCGCAUCUAUCUGCUGAACGGCACGAGCACAUCCAACCCUCCUCGGACGCCAGGAUCUACACAUGAGGAAGACGAUGGGCAAGAAGUACCUAUCGGCUCGAAAACGCGGUUCACCGAUCUCUGGGUAAAAGACUUCCACGUCUCGCCGUUCAAUUCCCGCAAAGGCUCGUAUGCGCUCAGGGCCCAGAACCCAUUUCCCUACGCAGGCUACGACACUCCUAUGAUCGACAAUACCAUUACAUUGAAGUCCUCGAAAGACCAUGCAAAGGUCGUAGCGCGCUUGAAUUGUGUCGGAAACCCGCUCGAUCCCGAAGAGCUUGGCUUGUUGGGUGCAUCUUGGUUCAUAAUGUCUUGGUGGGGGGUAGGCCUAGUGACUUUUCCACGAAUCCUGAAGGAAGCUUUCAACCUGUUCUACAAACGAGGUCUACAUGUGUGGUUCCGGCCAGAGGUACUCACACCCAGCCUGGGUCGACUACCAACUUCAUCAGAGAUAACCCUUCAUGGAAUAUUUUACAAUUACCUCAGUGGGCUCGUCAACGCAGCUCAGGACGACUUCCGUAUCAUAUUCCACACUACAAUUCCUGACUCACCAAAACAAACGAUCGAUAUUACUCGCUCCGCUAGAGGACAGGCAGUCAAGGAGUUCGAGAUCCGCGUUCUGACCCCUGAAUUCUACUCGCGUUUCGUCCACUACGCUUCCACACUGGAGGCAUUUGAUCAUGAAUGCAUUUUCACAGACGACAAGAACCGGACAUGCUGGGUAUCUCGCCCAGAGCUGCUUACGCAACUACUCGGCCAGUCCAUAUCAGAGUCAUCAAGGAGCUUUGUCCACCACAGCCGCGACCUUCUGAAUAGCUUGAAUUGGUCAUUGCUCAAGAAGCUACGUUGUGCCCCGGCCGAACCUGCAUACAAUGCGACUCCGAAACACCCCGACUUUCGUCUUGAAGAUAUCCGCGGUAUAGGGUUUUCGGAAAUGGACCUCUUUGUUAGAAGUCAGCGUGAGCAAAAGUAUGCUGGCGAAUACCGGAGGAUACUCGUUAAGCUGUUCUUAGCUCAGCGAUUUUGCUUGGGCUUUCCCCAAGUUAUCAGCUUGGCUGACUCCAUCUUGAGGGCACUGCUCUGCUAUCAUGCUGCAAGGCAAGUGUCGUGCUCGAGUGGAUCUGCCCCGCAUGCCUUGCUCGAGGGGGAACGGUGGCCGCUGUCGAGAGGUAUUUCGGCAGCGAUUGCGAGCCACUCGUAUGGGCUGCUAAAGGGCUAUCGUUGA